GAAAACGCGACUCCAACAAAAACAAAAUCGAGAUCGGAAACUCCGCACGGUUCCCGCCUCAACCAAAUCAAAAACCCUAAUUUGUUUCCCACCACCCAAUCAGAUCCUCCUCCACCGACGGAUCCUCUCAAUCUCUCUCUCUCUCUCUCUCUCUCUCUCUCUCUAGGUCAGUCACCUCCCAAAUUCUUGGAUUUUUCCCAUCCUUCUGCACGCGAAAUCGCGAUUUCGAUUUAAGGGUUUUUUUUUGUAGGAUUGAAUUUCUCAUCUGGGAUUUUUAAAGUUUUCGUCUUUCAAUUGAGUUCUUUAGUAUUCAUCAUUCGUGUAUAUUUGUUUGAAAGUAUUGAUCUUUUUUCUUUGUUGGGUGUGAAUUUUUUGAAAGAUGACUAAAGAGAGUGGCAAAUUAGUAGUGCCGUCGGAACAAACCCGACCCGCUUUGUGUGAUUUGACGAAUCUUCCAGCUAAAAGAGGGAUUUCUUCUAUUUUGGGUGAUUUGAUUCAUGAAUCUGGUAAGGCCAUUGCUCAUGAAGGUUCGAGAGAGAAGUUUUCAAAGAGGCUUUGUUUAGUUGUAGAUGACUUGGUUAAGGAGAAUGCUAGUUCUAUCGAUACAACAAAUGAAGGGUCUUCUUCUAAUGAUAAGAAGACUAGUUGUUGUGGUGUUGGUGAUUCUGAUGAGAGAGCAGAGUCUGAGGAGUAUCAUGAUGCUGUUAUGGAAUGCUCCAGUGGAAGAGACGGGAAAACAUUGGAGGGAAGCAAGCAGAUCUAUUUUGAACCUGGUGAUAGAGACGGUGCACAAGAGUUAAACACGUCUGCUGAGGCGUGUGAAACCGUUGUUACUGGUGAAGAAGGGUUGGCUUCGUCUGUGGUAACUGGCAAUGCCGAGAGACCUCGGCGGAAUCCACAUCCACGGGAGGACUUGCCUAAUUCUCUGAAUUUGACGAGAUCAUUUGAAAUGGGUAGAUGCUCAAAUGUUAAGAGGAAGGAAGAGCAUGUGGAUCAGAAUAUGGGAGAUGAUUUGCUUCAAUCAUGCUCUUGUUCUUUUUGCCUUAAAGCUGCGUAUAUUUGGUCAGAUAUUCAAUACCAGGAUACCAAAGGUCGGUUAUCCGCCUUGAAGAAGAGUCAGAAAAAAGCUAGCAACUUGAUUCAGAGAAAUGGUAAGGAAUGGCCUACAGAUUUUCAUGCCACAGUGAACUCUGUUACUUCUGGAAAACAAGAAUCUAAACUCAUGGGACAAUGGAGGUCGCUCUUUCUUAGCAUGGGUGAUAUCCUCAAUCAUGAAAAUAGCCAACUUCAAAAGAGUUUUAAGACAAUGAGAAAAUUUCGAGAAGACUGCAAGAUGGAUUUGGAGAGAGCAAUGAAAACACCUCACACAACCCCUAGUAAGUAAACUACUCUUUUCGAGUCUCAACUUGAUCAAAGACUAAUGAAUCGGAACUUCUGUUUCUGAAAAUUAUAAUAUCUGGACGCAAUGUAUAGAUGUUUGAUUUCGUAAAUGAUUAUGUAUGUGUGAGACUACUGUUUGGUGUUAGUAAUUUUCUCGAUCUAUUUUUGUUCUUUGUGUUGUGUUCUUCACUUCGUCUCUCAAAAGUGUAGAUUUCACACUGGUCUAUUUGUAUUUCUUUGGAAUCAAUGGACCAUCCUGUUUUAUUC